GCUCCCUCGCUCAAGGGUGCCUAGGUUUGCUCGUUAACAUAUUUCUCCAGUAUCGUUCCCCUCCGCGACUUCCCCAACGCUCACUUACGACCGACGGGCUAACAUGAACUGGACCUCAGGGCGAAAUGGCACGCCACCUCCGCAUUACCAAUCUACAGUGGACACCGCCGCCGACCACCACACAGAACCAUGGCUCAACCACGAGAGAGAGCCUCUCUUACCUCCACGAGAUGAUCAGAACGAUCAACGCUCUCGGGGUAAAAGGAGUUUCUCACUCAAAGGGCUCGCGCUAUGCGCCAUCGUCUCCGUCCUCAUAGCCGGCAACAUUGCGGGUCCCAUCAUCAUCUUCAAGAGUGCGAAACUCGACACAUGUCCGGAAGCAGAGGCAAUGGAUCGGCUCCGCGGCAAAUGGACGCUCGAGGAGCGCUUGCAUAACGUCACUGUGGAAGAGCGACAGCAACUCUACGAACUUUGGCGGGUAGAGGACGCCACGCAUACAGCAAAGAUCAACUUCUGGGCCGAAGAGGACCUCGAGCGGGAGGAAAUCCGCAAGGAGUGGCAUCUAGAGGUCAUCGAGCACGAGCGUAAGGAGCACGAGCGUGAAGAGGUCCGGAAGGAGUGGCAGUGUGAGGCGGUUGAGCACGAGCGCUUUGAACGGGAGCGCCAGCAGCGAGAGGCGCGGGAGCACGAAGAGGCUCGGCAAAAGUGGGAACGGGAGGUCAUCGAGCAUGAAUGUGAGGAACGCGAGAGGCGGAAGAGGGAGUGGGAGGAACGCCAGAAGAUGGGGUUCUUCUGGAUGGAUAUCGAGGCGACGCACUGUGUGCGCUAUGGGACACGCAAGUAUACUGCACGUCUUGCGAAUGUGCCCGAUGGGUUUGAGCCACGGGUGGAGGCGUGCGAGGAGACUGAGUUGAGUAUCAAUGGGAAGGUGAAGGGGCCGACGCGCUGUGAAGAUAGGGUUGGUCUAGGUGUGUACGGUAUCUGGGAGGUGGAAGGAGACGCUGCAUGCAGCACGUGGUUCAACUGGUUUACGGACAAUGGUUGCACGGCUCCGAGCUCGGGCUUGCGGAAAUAUUCAAUGUAUAUGGAGGACCUUCGUCAAGGAGAUGAUUGGGAGGUCAUGUGCAGUAGCACACCGGUCACUUUCAACGAAAUGUACUUUGCUCAUCCCGACACUUGCUACCAACGAAACGCAGGAACAUAUGGUGUCUGGAACGUCAGAGACACAUCCUGUUGGUGAAAGACAGCCCGGAGUCCACCGUAAUUGACGGUUCCAUCUCCCUUGCUUGCUUUUUCCACUGUCGUCUUAAUGUCUUGUCAUGAAGCCUGAAGGUUGGUCAAUUACUCUUGCGUACGUGUAGGAUACGUUGUUGUAUAUCAUUGUUAUGUAGUGCAUUUUUUAUGAUCCCGAUGUCAAUCUUAGCUGCGUACUUCAUAGCAGCCGUGCAUCUCGAGUUAUGGGCCGCGUACCACGACUCGGAGAUUGACGGUUAGCUCAACUGUAUCGGCCGGACCAGCACUUUUCGCCGACCGCUUACUUGAUGGAGUUUACCUCUACU